UCACCUCAUAAAUAUGUAUGUGUGUGUGUAUAUAUAUAUAUAUAUAUAUAUAUAUUGUCACGUGUUUCGUUCCUGUAUGUCCAUAUUUGGUUCUUCCUGUCCCUGUCCUCAUUGUGUUAAUUUGAUUCCAGGUGUGUCUUGUCAUCCCCUCGUUAGUAUUUAUAGUGUGUUCUGCCUAUUGUUUCGUGUCCGCUGCUAUAUGUCUUCCCGUGUUCCUGCAUUGGAUUACUUGUCAUUAAAAGAUUGUUUAUCCUGACCUACUCCUCGUCUCCUCGCUCCAUGCUCCUACGAAUUGUGACAGAACAGCGGACCUUAUCAAAAAGGGCCCUGGCCUGCCGAGAUCUCCCGCUGAUGGAGUAUGCGCAGGAGUUCUGCGGGAUCACGAGUACGGUGUUGGAUGACGCCACUAUGAACUCCUUGUUCUGGAUCGGGGCCAAUUAUCAUCACCCCGUGGACCUCCCAGACACCAUAUGCCUGUGGCCGUGGUGGAGGAUACGCCAGGGCCUCCCGAGUCCCCUGAUCCGCUAUGGCUUACUGAUCUGCCCCUGGAGGUUAUCCUUGUCUUCACCCUGUUCCAGUCUUGCACCAGCCUCCAGGGCUCCCGCCUCCCCCCCUCCUCGAUGGUGUGCCUUGUUCUUCCCCUCAUUUGCUGUCCGCUGUUAUAUGUCUAUAUGUCUUCCCGUUUUCCUGCAUUGGAUUACUUGUCAUGAAAAGACUGUUUAUUCUGACCUACUCCUCGUCUCCUCACUCCUUGCUCCUACAAAUUGUUCUGACAUGGUCUGGCUGCUGACCACAGGCUCUUUGAACUUCCCUCAGCGUAUAACUGGAGGGGUGGACACUUCUGGAACAAACCCGAGGCCUGGCAGUACAGCGCUGGGCUUUGUCCAGCAGUCUAUAGGAGAGGCCGUGUUGGACUAG